UGCAUAACCACCAGGAAGUUACAGUAAGUUAACCAUUUAGACGUCGUACCGACCUUCCUUCACGGGUAGUUCUGGGGAUUUACCUUCAUGAGACAUUUCGUGGACUCAUCGUGUGAAUGGCAUCUAAUGUAUUGUCUGUCUAGUGUAGCCUACUGUAUUAUACAGUAAAUGCGCGUUUGUAGAUUUGCAGAUAGUUUUUCCUUUGUUUCAAUCGUGACGUGUGCGCUACAUUUAUGAUUCCCAAUGACAAUUGGAAAUGUGUUGUUGUUUUUGAGCUGUGAAAAUGAUUUGCGGAAGGAAAGCUACUUGCUUUUGACCAAACGAAAAUGAAGUUACUUCUCACGGUGGGAUUGUUGUUGGCGUUUGUCUCUACUUCAUCAAGUCUACGGAUUUUGGAAUGGCCCACACUAAACUGUACUCAAGAGGGUUUGAGAUGCGAAGCCAACAUCAAUAACUGCCUGGAUCCUGGGUGGUUGAAGCCUUGGCGCUACACUCCUAGCAGCCCAGUGAACCUAGAGGUGGAGCUGGACACUAGAAAAGAUGAGGAGGGACACCUGGUGCCUGUUUUAGUGGCCCGAUGGAAAGCUCAGGAUGACGGAAGCAUUAGUUCCCUGAAAGGAACAGAGCUUCAUGUUUUGAAGGAAGCCACAAACCAGAAUCUGUGUGUCCGGUACGAAUUCUUCGACAAGAUGUCCAUGCGUAACCCAGCAUAUGAAAAGUGGUCUUUCUCCCUGGAUCGAGUGGUGGUUGAACCCGGCCUGUCAUACGUUGUCUCAGUCUCCAACCUCCCCAAACCCAACCUGAAACACUCUGGUUACAACAUCGAUAAACAUAUCACUGUGCCCGAUUGUAAAGAUCCCAAGAUUCAGAGGAGCAGGGUGUGUUUGGAGAGCGGGAGUCUGUGGAGACCUAACACUACGCUGGAGCGGUCUGCUGGACCACAAGGCAGAACCACGCUCACUGUUGGGUUCAGUACAGACCAGCACUCACACAACUACAGAGUCUCACUACUGUGCUCCAGCAACAGACAAUGGCAGGACACAGACAUGACCAACCAGACGUGGCUGAAUGUAGUGUUUGACCUGGAGAAGUGGCCCCAGACCUGUUGCUAUUUUGAUGUGGAGAUCCAUCCGUUUUUUAGCCGUUGCAACAACGACUGUGUACGACGAAGGAAAACGUUUAACAUAUGUGAGACCUCUCCAACUGUGUUAACGGGAGAUUCUUCAUCUCCUAAAGUCCACACAGCCGUAGCAGCCGCGAUGGUGCUGCUGCUCGGUGGAAUGGUCUGUUGUCUCGACUGUCCUUCCCUCUCUGUCUCUCCUUCAGUCCCACCAGGCCCCUAUCCCCCAGCUGUAGAGCCAGAGGCCCAGACUCCUCAUCUCCCCAGGGUUCCUCCCAAGGUGUUGGUGAUCUACUCUCAGGACCAUCCUCUCUACAGGAAGAUAGUCCUGAAGCUCUGUGCCUUCCUCCAGGCCAAGUGUGGAACUGAGGUUGUGUUGGACCUCCUAGACACAACCUGGCUGGGCACUGUGGGGAGACUACCCUGGCUGGAGUGGCAGAGACAACAGGUCAACAAAUCAUCAGACAAGAUCCUGAUCCUCUGUUCUCGUGGCGUCCAGGCCAAGUGGAGGGCGAUGUGUGGCCAGAGUCGUGUGACGUUAAGAGAGGACCUCCGGUCGCCCAUCGACGACAUGCUGACGCCGGCCCUCAACCUCUUCCUGCCCGACAUGCAGCAGGCCGCCGCGCUGGGGAAGUACAUGGUGGCCUACUUUGACGAGGUCGGCAGCGAGCGAGACGUGCCGUCUGUCUUCGACAUCGCUGUGAAGUACAAGCUGAUGAAGCACUUUGAGGAGCUCUGCUUCAGGAUCCUGGACCAGGAGAAGUACGCACCGGGACAGGUCAGCCACAUCGAGGGGAUCGGAGUGGAAGAGUACUUCAAAUGUCCAUCGGGGAGGGAUCUGCGUGACGCCAUCGAAGCCUUCCAGGCGUUCCAGUUAGAGAACCCAGACUGGUUUGAACAGGAGUGUGUUGACAUCAACGCAGAGGAGGAAGUGUUCGCAGUAACAGAGUAUGACGCUCUACUGGAAAAGCCGGUCGCGCCUGUUCUAGAGUUUGUUCCAGAAUACAGGAAUGGGCCACCUGUUCUAGAGUUUGUUCCAGAAUACAGGAAGGGGCCACCUGUUCUAGAGUUUGUUCCAGAGUUCAGGAAUGGGCCACCUGUUCUAGAGUUUGUUCCAGAAUACAUUAAUGGGCCACCUGUUCUAGAGUUUGUUCCAGAAUACAUUAAUGGGCCACCUGUUCUAGAGUUUGUUCCAGAAUACAGGAAGGGGCCACCUGUUCUAGAGUUUGUUCCAGAAUACAGGAAUGGGCCACCUGUUCUAGAGUUUGUUCCAGAAUACAGGAAGGGGCCACCUGUUCUAGAGUUUGUUCCAGAGUACAGGAAGGGGCCACCUGUUCUAGAGUGUGUUCCAGAAUACAGGAAGGGGCCUCCAAUCUCCAGCUAUGAUGUAGAGAUCAAUGAAGACAGCCAGGGAGUCCGGGUCUCGACUCCUGAAGUGAAACUGGAAGGUCAUGGGACGUGUGUGCUGGAGCUUCUUCCAAGGGUCAACUCCGACAGCCACCAGGUGUACCCGUCAUACCCAGUCGUUGAGGCCCCACCCGGGGUACUUAACUCUGAUCUGCACCCCAAUGCCCUGGAGAGUCAACCCUGUGGGUUGUCAGAUCUUCUCCCGAGUGAGCCACCCUUGGCCAGAGAGAACUGUCUCCACCUACAGGAGAGGUGGGGAACAGCAGACCGUUGCCCUCUAGAGAACGAGGAAGAGGAGGAGGCAUACAGUCCUUCUUGUCAACCCUCUGUUGACACCCUGGAACAACUCAUGUCUCUCCAGCUGUCACUCUGUGGUCUCAGUGGUAUCCCAGAAAUCACCUCUGUGUCCACAGAGAACGGCUACCUAUCACAACCGCGUGGAGAGAUGGACCUAUCACUUCCUGUCAAGAUGGGCCAAUCACAUCUGUCCUUCAGCUCCAUCCAGGUUACCCCACCCGUACCAAUGGAUAUUCAGAUUCAGUACCUCCCUCCCCUGCCAGAGAUAACCCACUCCCAGCCGGUAGAGAUGGAGGAGGGUGGUGGGGAGGUGAUGAAGCCUGUUGCCCAGGAGAAGAGACCCAUCAGUGGGUCAGACCUGGGAUAUAUCUCCAGGAGCUCCUUCCAACAGGACUCUUCUGUCCACUACCCUGUAGGAGAGGACAGCGACAAUCCACUGGUGACACUGGCCAGGCUACAACAGGCUCUCUACCUAAACAAUUAAAUAGUCUGGCUUCUGCAAUAAAAUGAGGAGAGAACGUUCUAGAAAACGGGUGUUAAAUCAUAUAUCCUCUGGAUCGUAAACACGUUAGUUGUUCACGGCAUCGUCUUUUCAUAUUGUUAUAACACUAUUGUCUAUAAAAGGUUUUUCCUGAUUUCCUGUUUGAAAUGAUGAACACAUCUGGAGUCAAUGAAUCAGCCAAUGGGUUUGUUCGGCAUAAUCUGUAUAUUUAGUUCUGACAUCACUUCCUUAUUUAUAUCUGGUUGUACAGGACAAUAAAAAAAGUGAUCGUGUCCAUAUUUCAGAUAUACACAA